AUGCAGGACCGUAGCUAUCGUCGUCAUCAAGCUCAAAUCAACAACAAUAGUAAUAAUAGCAAUGACACUCCACAGCUCGAGCACGAACAAAUACGGCACAUUUCAUCAUGGAGGGACAAUCGAAAGCAUCCUCCACAUACCGGUGUAUCCAUCAAAGGACUGCGCUACGCAGUGGCAGUGUUGGGUCUGAUGGUGGCAUGCCUUCAAGCCAAGAGCAUGGUGUCCUUGUAUCAUCUUAGCAAUGCUAAUGACAGGAACAAAAAGAACAGCCGUGUCGACGCAGGGCGACAAUUGCAAUUUGAUCCAGCCAGCAUUCGUAUGGAUAUUGCGGCCCAAGUCGAGGCUCAACUACUAGAAGCGAAUAAUAAUGGACAAGAAGCACUUGCAAUAGUGCAAGGAGGAGAAGAAGAGCUGGGAGAAGACGAUGAGAUACCCAUGUCCAACAACAACAACACCAAUGGAACCUUUGUAGAGGACGAUGACGAAGUUGAAGAAUCAGAAGACGAGGACGAAGAAGAAGAAGACGAACCCGUGCAUUUUGUAAAUGUCCCUCCACCACCCCGAAAUCUUACCAGCAAGGAUAUUUUUGGAGCUUGUCUACUUAUUAAAGAUGACAAUCAUUGGCUCAUUGAAUGGCUGGCCUAUCAUUAUCAUGUACUGCCACUCCGAUACCUCAUUGUGGCCGUCGAUCCGACUUCCAAAACCACUCCUCAACACAUUCUCGAUCGAUGGCUCUUUCAUAUCAAAAUACAAGUUUGGAAGGAUGACGAUUUCGUCACAAGAAUUCCCAAAUUCAUGCGAAAGCUAUACCACAACAAUACGCAGGUCCUGUUCCAUCGACAUCGACAAAACUCAUUCUACAUCAAAUGCAUGCAAGAACUCAAGCGCAAGGGAAAGGUACCAUGGGUACAAUUGACCGACACGGACGAAUUCACGGCGCUCAAUUAUGCCUCGGGACCACUCUACAAUCUCACCAAAUAUCAUCCAAUUCAAACACCCGGUUCCAUCUUGUCCUUUCUAUUACAUCAUCAAUACGUUACCAACGGUACUGCAUCAUCGAAAUGCAUUUACAUGCCACGAUAUAUUUUUGGCACGCACGAUACACCUCGCAAGGGAUUGGUCAAUCGGAACGUGCCCAAAAACAAUCCCAUCUUGCGAGGACACGACUUUGUGACACAACGAUUCAUGUUUCGACAACCCACCAGCAUGAACAAUGGCAAGAAUCUAGUACAUUUAGAAGCCAUUCCCAUGCAUAUUUUGCAACAGGCACAGUUGGGACGCAUGAAUGUGCAUCGGGUCUCCAACACGUGUCCCACGCAAGAAUCCUUCCAAGGCGUCAAUCAUGUCAAACGAACCAUGAUCAAAAUACAUCAUUAUUUGGGAACGCAGGAACAGUACCUCUUUCGAAGUGAUCCAAGAACAAAGAAUAAUACGAUGAGUCAAGAAAAAGUGGCAUUCAAUCCACGCGGUCUGGAACGAUACCAACGAUUGGACCGAGAAGCCGUCUACAGCGAUUCGGGGGCGCGCGGAUGGAUUUCUGGUUUCAUACAAGAUGUCGGAUUGCCCACGGCAGAGUAUCUGCUCAAGGGAGUUGGACAAGUGGGGGUGGAAAAAUAA